AUGAGGUUUCUUUGUCUACAUGGCAUUGGAAGCAAUUCGCAGGCAAGCAAAACGUUCGAAGAGCAAACAGCGGCUAUUCGAUACGAGCUUGGCAACCAACAUACCUAUGAAUUUGUCGAAGGAGCAUUGCCCUGGGAGUCGUCCAUUAAAAGUGUCACCAAGACAGAUGAACCAACAUUCACCUUUUGUGACCCUGACCAGCCGCAAUCAUGCCGACAGGCUGCUCGCGACAUUGAGGGGUACAUCAAAGAGGAGGGCCCUUUCGACGGAAUUAUUGGGUUCAGCUUGGGAGCAACCAUGGCCCUUUCGUGGUUGGUGAAUCGGUAUCAGACCAAGCAGGAGAAUGGGUCUUCUGUCGCGCCAUUUAAAGUGGCUGUCUUUUUCUCGAAUGCCAGGCAGCCAUACGAUCACAAUGCACUUGCUACGGAUCGCAUUGCAUAUUUGGAUUCCGCCGAAAUGGGUACAGUGAUUGACAUGCCAACUGCCCAUAUCUGGGGAUCGGCGGACCCACAGGCCGAGGAAGCACAGCGAGCUGUAAAUUUUUGUGAUUCGGAAAGAAGAUCCAUCUUCGUGCAUGCAAAAGGCCAUGAAAUCCCUAGCUCAGUGGAGGACACAGUAUCCAUAGCGAAGGUGAUCAAUCGCGCCAUUUACCAAGUCGAGAGAAAAUGA